AUGAAGGAUAAUACAGAAGAUAUUUCUCCUGAAUUUGUAUUCGAAUCUAUUGCUCCACCAAAUAGUACACAACCUAUUUUUUCUUCAUUUUUUACCGGAUCACAAACAGAUCAUCCAUUGGAUGAAUUAAAAGAUGCUGUAAAUGAAAAUGAAAUAACGGAACUUGGUUCUCAGGAUGAUCCAAAUGAAUUGAUUCAGUCACAAAAUGUUAAUGAAACUAUAUUUGAAAAACAUGAGAAUUCAAUGAUAAAUACAAGUAAAGAUGAAGACGAGAUCAAUUCAGAUAUAGAAGAUGAAAUUCAAUUCAAUUCAAACCAUAUUCCAACAACAUUAAUGAAAAAUGAUUCAAAUGAUAUCAAUGAGUCUAAUGAUCACGAUGAUCACAAUGAUGAUGACGAUGAUGACGUAUUCCUAAAUCCACCAUCCAAUCAUGAUCACGAUACAGAUGAUACAGUUCAAAUAGAACAUGAUGAUGAUCAUGAUCAUGAUCAUGAAGAAGACGACAUUCAUAAUGAAUCAAUCAAACAUAAAGAAACUAAUCGUUUUCAUGUAAAUCAAUUAGACACUGAUGAUCAUAUUCCACUGAAAAGAAACUAUACAUUCAAAUCAUUCGAGCUAUCUAUUUCAGCUUUAGAUGGAAUUACAUCAAAAUUUCCUGUAUUAUCAAGACGUAAAACAUUACCUAUGAUAAAAAGAAAAUCUAAAAAACCAUCUACAAUAAGUCCAAAUCAAGUACAAAUACGUGGAAAACGAUUUAAAUCUGACAAUAAUGAUUAUUCUACAUUAGAAGAAGAAUUACUACCAUUAAAGUUACCACCAAUCAAUUCAAAAUAUUCACAUGAACAAUCAUCAUUGAUUCAAACAAAUGAAAAACAGCAUGACAAAUUAAAACAAAAUUCUAAUGACAGUAAUCAUCAUCAUGAUGAUGGCGAUGAUGUUGAUAAUCAAAGUGAAGAAGAAAAUGUCAUCAUUAAUAUUGAACAUAGUUUAUCAUUUAAUACACCAGUUCAAUGUUCAAUGGAAACAGUGAACAUUGAAGAAUAUAAUACCGCUGAUUUUGAAGAAACAAAUCAAGUUGAAAUGUCAACAUUGGAUACGUCUGAUCAUCAUGUAUAUUCUGAUGAUCAUACUGAUGCUGAUGAUUUGAACAAACCAUUAUUGGAACAUGACAGUGAUAACAUUUUAACAAAACCUAACGAUUUUGCCAAUAAACAACGACAUAGUAUUCGAAUUAACUUGGAACCAAUUCUUCCAGUGAUUGAAACUAAUAAUAAUAAUUUAACAAUGUUUGGAGGAACUUCCAGGAGAAAUUCUAUUCCAUUAAAAUUUACAAAAUCAAUAGGCGCCAAUUGGCCACAUAAAACUGCGCGCUCUGAUAAAGAAAAUGUACAAUUUGCUUUUGUUCCAAUUAAUGAAUUGGAUGUACCAGACUAUUCACCGAAUGAAAUCAUUGAAAAACCAGUCGAAUCAAAAUCUGAACGUUUAACUGUAAGAAAACAUCCAGUUGGUCAAAUUACACAAUCACAUUCUGAUAUAUUGGAAGGAACAGUAUUAGAUUCAUUAAAAAAAAUUCAAAAACCUGUUAAACAAAACAUUCAAACACAAAAUACAACAAUAAAAAGAGCUAUAAAACCCCGUCCUAAUCCUGAUGAUUUUUGUAUGACAAUGUGGAGUUAUCAAGAAGUAAGACAAGAAGAAGUUCCACUCCCUGAAUUACUAACAAUUCUUCUAUCAGGAAAACCAGAUUUGAUUUCAAAAAGAAUUUUUGCUGAAAUUCAACCAGAUCGUAAUUUAGCACAAGAAUUAAGAACUGUUGUUGAAACAAUUUGUCGUUACUUGCCAAAAUCACAUACAUAUGGUAAUUUAGCUGAUUUUAUUGGAUUACGACCAGGUUAUAAAUUAGAAGUACAAAUAUUAAAACAUGGUCAUACACAAAAAAUUUAUAAAAAUUUACUUAUUAAAACAUUAACAGAUGCAUUUAAACAUAGUACAAUACAACAACAACAAAUUACAUUAAAUCAACUAAAUUCUGAUUUGGAAAAAUUAAUUUCACAAAUUUCGGAAGUAUGUAGUAUCAUUGCAACAGAAUUAAUUGGAGUUGAUACUAUAAAACCUAGUAGAAAUUUUAUUGGUUUAAACAUAGAUACACUGAUUAUGAAUUUAAUUAAAGGAGCUAUUUAUGACACUGCAUUAGCUAAUCGUGGUAUUCUCAGUCGAUUAUUAGCUUCAGCUGGGGGUGGAGUUGAAGCACUCAUCCAAUUACUUACAUCCAAAGGGGGUGGUGUUGAAGGAUUGAUGAAAUUAUUAGCUACAGGUGUUAAUCUAUCAGAUGCUUUAGGUGAAUUAUUAAAUAGUCUUGAUGAUAAUAAUCCAUUGAAUGCUUUAAAACAACUUGCUAAUGCUUUAGGUGGUGGUGCAAGUGGUGUUGAUGUUAUUAACACUUUAUUGAGUGCAUUAGGUGGUGGUAGUGGUAGUGAUGAGGAUAAACGUAAAGCUUUUAAAGAAUUAAUCAAACAAGUAGGUGGUGGAGUUGAAGGACUUAAAAAUCUAUUUGAAUUUACUGGUGAUAUGAAACAAUUAAUAGAAAGUGUAUUUGGUGAAGGUGCUGAAGGAUUAGCUGCUCUGAUAGCAACAGUUGGUGGUGAAUUUGAAGGUUUACAAAAUUUAAUACAAGCUGCUGGUGGUGGAGUUGAUGGGAUUAAAAAUUUAAUUGGAUUAGCUGGUGAUCAAGUGACUGGAUUGAAAAAUCUUCUAACUGCUAUUGGUGGAGAUAAUGUUGCUGAUGCAUUAUCUACACUAUUAAAGGCUACCGGUAAUAUAAAAGAUGGUCUCUCCGCAUUACUAGGCGAAUCUAGUGAUUUAGGAUUAGCCAAUUUAAUUGAAGCUAUUGGUGGUGGUGUAGAAGGAUUGAAAAAUUUAUUAAAAGCAACAGGUGAUAAUCCAACUGAAGCAUUAGCCAAUAUAUUAACAGCUAUCGGAGGUGGUGUAGAUGGUUUAAAAAAUCUACUCGAAGUUGUAGGUGGUGGUGGUGGUGUUGAAGGAUUGAAAAAUUUAUUCAAUCUAAUGGGUAAUAAUCCUAGUGAAGCGUUAAUGAACAUUUUAAAAGCUACAGCUGCAGCUGAUGGUACUGGUGGUGGUAAUACUGUUGAUGCGUUAAAAUGUUUACUUGAAUCACUUGGUGGUGGAGGUCAAGAAGGUUUACAAAUUCUAUUGCAAUCAUUAGGUGAUAAUCCUGUCGAAGCUUUAGCUAACUUAAUCGCUUCUAUUGGUGGUGUUGGUGAAGGGGGAGGCGGAGGAGUGGAAGAAGGUUUGAAAAAUUUAAUUGAAGCAGUUGGUGGUGGUGCAACUGGAUUAAUGAAUCUUUUAAAUUCUUUAGGUGGUUCUUCUAAAGAAGCUUUAGAAGCAUUGUUCACUGUUGCAGGUGGAGGAAUAGAAGGUUUGAAUCAUUUAAUUGCUGCAGCUGGUGGAGGUGUGGAAGGUUUGAAAAAUAUUUUAGAAGCUGUUGGUGGUGGUUUAGAAGGAUUGAAAACUAUACUCUCAUCACUUGGUGAUGAACCUGUAGAAGCGUUGAGAACAUUGCUAACAAAUAUGACCGGUGGUAUUGCAAAUCUAAUAGCAGCUGCUGGUGAUGGUGUAUCAGGUUUGACAAAUUUAUUCAAUGCAAUCGGUGGUGGUGAUAUUGUAGAAGGAUUCGCCAACUUGUUAAAUGCAUUAAGCAAUAAUGGUGAUAUGAAUGAAGCACUCAUGAAUCUAUUGAGCAUGAACGAUAAUCAAGGCGAAAAUUUAAAGAAUUUAAUUCAAGCAUUAGGUGGUGGAGUAGAUGGCUUGGAAAAUUUACUCAAAGUAAUCAAUAAUAAUCAAAUUGGUCUAGAAGGUUUAUUAAAUGCAUUAGGUGGUGGAGUGAAAGGUUUAACCACCCUGUUGAAUUCAUUUGAUCAGACUGGUAAUAAAGAAGAAAUCAUUCGAAAAUUAAUUGAAUUAUCUGGUGGAGGUGUUGAAGGAUUGGCUGCUUUAUUAAAAUCUACAGGUGGUAGUAUUGAAUCGAUUAAAGAAAUUUUAAAUGCAUUUGGUGGUGGACCUGAAGCAUUAGCUAAAUUAUUAAUGUCAUGUGGUGAUAAUCCUGAGGAAGCAUUAAAAGUUUUAUUAACUAUGUUAGGUGGUGAUGAGAAUGCUUUGAGAAAUUUACUUCUGGCUAGUGGAAUUGAUCCAAAUGAUCCAGAUUCAUUGAAAUUAUUUUUUGAAUCAUUAGGUGGUGCUGAUGUUGGGUUAAACAUUCUAUUUAAUGCUUUAGGUGGUGGUGAUAAUGAAGAAGGUAUGAAGAGAUUAUUGAAAACAUUUGGUGAUAAUGGUUUAGUUAAUUUAAUUAAAGCAGCUGGUGGUGAACAGAAUGGUGGUUUAGAAGCAUUAAUUAAAGCAAUAAGCGGGGGUAAAUCAUCUGCAGAAGGUUUAUCCAUGUUAAUUAAUUUGCUGGGUGGAAAAGAAAAUGGUCUUGCCACGUUGAUUGCAGCUGUAGGUGGUGGACAAAUUGGUUUAGCGGCAUUACUUAAAGUAGCAAAAAAUCUAUCUGAAGAUGGUGAUGGUUUAGCCGCAUUGAUUACUGCUGUAGGUGGUGGUGUUGAAGGUUUAGAAGUGUUAAUUAAUGCAAUUGGUGGAGGUGAAGAAGGAUUGAAUAAUUUAUUAGAAGCAGCUGGUGCAACUGAUGCCAGUGCAAAAGCUAACAUUUUAAAAACUUUAAUUAAUGCUGGUGGUGGAGGUCAAGAAGGUUUUAAUAAUAUUUUAAAAAUUCUUAGUCGACGUAAAAAUGAACGACCAAUAGAUGGAUUAGCAAAUUUACUCAAGGUACUUGGAAAUAAUUCAGAUUCAUUAGGGAUUCUAUUCGAAGCAAUUGGUAAUUCUACAACAGAUGGAUUAGCUGAUAUAUUAGCAGCAGCUGGUGGAGGUGCUGAAGCUUUACAACUUUUAUUGAAUACAGUAGGUGGUGGAGCUGAAGGUUUAAUGAAUCUGCUGGCUGCAGCUAAACUUGACAAUUUACAACAAUUAGCUGAUGUCUUGGCUGUUGCUGGUCUUAGUGAUGAUAUUGUCACAGCUGCUAGAUUGGGUAAUUUAUCAGAACUUUCAGAAUUAGUAGCUCGUAAAGCAGCAACAGAGAAUUAUUUAAGAACAGGAGUAAAAGAUCUGUGUAAAGAAGAAAAAGCUUGGCUUCGUACACGUCCAACUGGUCCAAUAAAUUUCUUUCGUAAAAUUACAACGACAAAACGUAAUUAUAAAAGAUGGAAGAAAUUAGCUGAAAAAGCUUUGGAACAACAGAAAGAACAACUUGAUUUCACUAUUUUACCGGAAUUUUCUCAGUCAACAACUAUUGAUUCAUCCGUGCUUCUCAAUCAUCAUGCUAAUCGUCAAUCUAAUAAUGAAGAACGUUUGAAAAAAUUCUCAACACAUUUAAAUCCCAACAUUUUAAAUACUAUUAAAACACAACUGUUACAGUUAGAUAGAAAAAUUGAUUUUGAUUUAAAAGAAACUGAUCAACUGGAAGAAAAUGAACAUGUUGAAGAACAACGUCUUAUUAGACAAAAAGUGGAAGAAGUCAGUGAUGAUCAAACAUUUGAUUCUGUAAAAAUUCAUUUAUCCAAUUCAGAAAACGACUAUCAAACUGAAGAAGAAUUGUUAUUGGAAAGCAAACGAUUAAUUGAAGCAUUUGAUCAACAUGUGAAUAUGCGUAAAAAGCUAAGGGAUGAAGAAAUUUUAGCUAAAUAUAAAGAAUAUCAAGAUGAAGGAAUUUUGCCUGAACUAGAAGGCAUACAACAAGAUAUUGUUAAUACACAUGAACUAGAAUUGGCAGAAGAAUUAACUGAAGCUCUAGAUGAAGUAGAAGAAAUAGAGGAAGAAGAAGUAGAAGAAGGAGAAAUCGAAGCUAUGAAAGAAACACAUGAUGAUUUCAAUGAAACUAAAAGAGUAAAAUCUAAACUUCUUAUAGUUCAUGAUUUAUUACGUGAACGUAUAGGAUUGGAACGAAGUUUAAAGAUUACACCUGCUUUUGUAUGGUCAUACUUUGAAUUAUUAAGAAAAAUGAAAAAGAAACUUCCACCAUUAGAAAUUCCAGGUGGUCAAGAAUCGAAUGAAACAAUUGAAUUGAACAUUUAA